AUGCAGAUCUUCUCUACCCAAAAAAGCACUUUCUCAAAUGUUCGAGUAUCAAACAAGGCACAGCCACAACCACAGCCACAGGCACAAACAGAGACCGAAAAACCUUGCGCUGCAAAGCCAAGCCGAGUCUCAGCUGUUACUACAUCACUGGCAGCUCGCAUCCGAGGAUGUUCCUUGGUCAAAAAAACACUAGGACGCAAAAAAAAGACCAGCUCAAUCACACCUUCUCUCGCUUCAUCUUCUUCAACUCUCUCAUACGAAUCAUUUGUCUCUGGUCCUUACCUUUCAAAGCCCAGCUCUUUAUCUCGCACUGGAUCAAGUAAAUCUAUGGAGCUCGAGGCUCUCAUUUUCGAUCAUCCUACAGUGACAGUUCGCAUCUGCCCAACAUCCCAUCCCGGAGAGUACACGUCUUGUGAGACAAUUGUCCAGUGCCCAAACUGUCUUGAUCCAAAGUUAAUAGGCGGGAAGAAUUGA